GUAGCAGACGCUGCCUUUGUCAUCAUCGCCGUUAUCACCAUCGUCUUGAUCACCACAAAAUAAAGCCCGUGCCGUGUGUGUUCGUAUAUAUGCAAGCCUGCUAAAAAGGGCUCUUGUUUACUGCGUUAUUUUGGCUCAGGGUGUCCGUACUAGCUGAUCUUCCCGAGAGCGCACUCACGCGCCUGUGCGUCUUGCACGUCUUUUCUUGUUCUGUCCGCUUGUCCCCCUUUCGGUAGCGACUACACCUUUUAUUUUUCUUUCUCUCUCCUUUGCAAAUGGUGCAUCUGAACAUCAAGAACCCCAACCUCCCGCCCAUCGCGGCUGGCGUUCUCUUCGGCCUGGCCUUCGUAUUGUUUAUCGAUGGCGUUGUCCAGGCCAACCAGGAAGCAAGCAAGAAAGACCACUUCUCCUUUGUCAUGUGCAUCCCCGUCAUCUUCUCCACCAUCGGACUUCUUCUCCUUCACCUUGUCUCCCCCGCUGAGGUGAAGGAAGGCGACGGUCGUGGUCGCGUGCUGCUCUUCACGGCGUGGCUGGCCAUGUUCGGCUCCACCGUUGGUGCACUUGUGAUCGUCUUUUUCUGCUUCACCGGGAUGCAGUCUCGCACGCGGGCGGCCCCUGGCGUGUCCGUCGUUCUUUACACCUGCGUAGCCCCCAUCGUGUCGUCUGUUCUCUGGUGGGGCCGUCGUGUGACCGACGGCGAUUCGUGGUAA